UUCUCUCGUGAAAGAGCGCACGCCAUUUGAGUUCCCACAGCGUGACGUCAAACACCAGUCAAGCAACUAAAACGCUCCGCAUCCCGCGUGCCUUUCACCCGGGAUCUGAUAGCACAGCUCAAUGCAAAUGCGCUUAUAAGAAGGACCUUUCUCGCUCUUGCUGUUGGAUUUUAUAAAAUGGGACUAUUUGAUGCUCUUAGAGAUUUUAGUUUAUUGACAUGGCUAAGAGAAGAAAAACAGUCUCGGAGGUUGAUUCUGUUGAUCGUUUUUAUUGCUUUGCUGUUGGACAAUAUGCUGUUGACGGUGGUCGUGCCUAUUAUUCCCAGCUACCUGUACACAGUGGAUGACGAAGCCUCCCAGGCGGACCAGAAUCACUCCAUCUCCUCUCUUACCCCAACCGGCACCUUUCAGAGCAUUGUGUCUUUGUAUGAUAACUCAACACGCCUGACUGGCUUCAGUCCGCAAAUGAGUACGGCCAGCCUGUUGACCUCAGCCCCUCCUUCUGUCACCCCCCCUCAAAACCACUCCGAUUGCCCAAAAGCAGACGACCAGCUCCUGAAUGAGAACGUCAAAGUGGGUCUGUUGUUUGCCUCUAAAGCCACAGUACAGCUCAUCACCAACCCAUUCAUAGGACCCCUCACCAACAGAAUAGGCUACCAGAUCCCGAUGUUUGCCGGUUUCUGCAUCAUGUUUGUUUCAACGCUCAUGUUUGCGUUUUCAUCGAGCUAUACUCUGCUGUUUUUGGCCAGAUCUCUGCAGGGUGUCGGUUCCUCGUGUUCUUCUGUAGCAGGUAUGGGGAUGCUUGCUAGUGUUUACACAGACGAUGAGGAAAGAGGGAAUGCUAUAGGAAUUGCAUUAGGAGGUCUAGCCAUGGGAGUUUUGGUUGGCCCUCCAUUCGGCAGUGUCAUGUAUGAAUUUGUCGGUAAGACGGCCCCGUUCCUCAUCCUGGCUGUGCUCGCAGUUUUAGAUGGAGCUCUGCAACUCUGUGUGUUUCAGCCUUCAAAGGUUGAACCAGAGACCCAGACAGGAACUCCACUGUUGACCCUCAUGAAAGAUCCUUACAUUCUCAUUGCAGCAGGUUCCAUUUGUUUUGCUAACAUGGCCAUUGCUAUGCUGGAACCAGCGCUGCCCAUCUGGAUGAUGGAAACAAUGUGUCCAAGGAAAUGGCAGCUAGGGGUUGCAUUCGUGCCAGCCAGCAUCUCAUAUCUUAUAGGGACCAACAUCUUUGCCGUUCUGGCUAACAAAAUGGGGAGAUGGCUGUGUUCACUCAUCGGUAUGCUGCUAGUUGGUCUCAGCAUACUCUGCGUGCCUUUUGCAAAAGACAUAUACGGACUCAUUGUGCCAAACUUUGGAGUUGGAUUUGCGAUUGGUAUGGUGGACUCUUCAAUGAUGCCCAUCAUGGGUUAUCUAGUAGAUCUGAGGCACGUGUCUGUAUAUGGUAGCGUGUACGCUAUUGCUGAUGUUGCGUUCUGCAUGGGCUUUGCUUUAGGUCCAUCAGCAGGUGGAGCGAUCGCAAAGAGUAUUGGCUUCCCAUGGCUUAUGACCAUCAUUGGUGUGAUCGACAUCCUGUUCGCUCCACUAUGUUUUUUCCUGCGAAAUCCUCCUGCCAACGAGGAAAAGAUGGCCAUUUUGAUGGACUCCAGCUGGUCAAUGAAGACGCGUUCCUACUCCACCCAGGGCUCCAGCUACCAAAUGGGUGACGAUUUGGACCCAGAGAGCCCUGAAUAAGCCCAGUCACUGCCAGCGCCCAUGUAUGUCAACUUGAGCAUCUAUUUUGUUGUAUGAAAGAGAAAAACAACAGACUUUAAAGAAAACCACAAUGCCGAUAUGUAAGAAUAUCCGAUACCUGUCCCACGCUUGUCCUGUGGCUCUGAUGGUCAUGCUCUACUGAAGCAAACCAAAGCUGUUUUCAUUAAUGUUUGUUUUCAGUGGGAGAAGUGAAGUAUCUACCCAACAGCCUUAUCAAUAUACAUAACACUUGCAUGUGAUUCGAGAGCAGGAUUUGAAGAUAAAGAGAAGCAAACAUUAACUAGACUUUUAUUAGGUGUAACAACGUUCUUCAAUUUUUUAAUGAAAAGUUCAUUUAAGGUACAAACGUUUGAAAUUGAGUAGUUUAUAUAUAAUGGAGGAAUCAGAUAUAAAACCGGUUUCAUUCAAUAUGACUUUGUGGACAGAUAUGUAUAGGAUAUUUAUUGUUUGUUUGUGAUGAGUGGGAAAAAUGUGGUCUUCAUGUAUCUAUUGGUCCUGUUGAAGUCUGUUUUCAUAGACGUAAAUGUCAGGUUCAUUCGAGUCAGAUUACUUUACAACUUUACUACCUUGAAAUGGGCCUUAAGACAUUUUUAUUUAUUUUAGCCCAGUCCCACGAAAUUUCAUUAUAUAGUCACAUAAAUUUUUGAUUCUUUUUUCGUGAUAUUAUCACGAAUUUCAGUGUUUUUUAGGGAUCGUAUAACAAAUUCCUGUUAUCGUGUGAUUAUCAUUGGUUAGCCUACUUAACUGUUUUGUCCUAUUUUCUUACUACUGUUGCUUCGGUUUAGAUUUACAUAAAAUUACAUCCCUACCCAAACCCAACUCUAACCCUAACGGCAGGCGAUAUAUAAAAACAUAAAUCAGAAAAAAUUGUAUAAACCAAUACAUAAAGUGACAUUCUAAUGCAAGCACUAAAUCUAACCCUAAACCGAAGCAACACUGGUUUGAAAAUAGGAAAAAGCAGUUGAGUAACAAAUACGUGAUAAUCACACGAAAACAGGAAUUCGUUAUACGAUCACGAAAAAACGUGAAAAUUCGUGAUAAUAUCACGAAAAAAGAAUCAAAAAUUUACAUGACUUUAUCACGAAACCUUGUGAGACUGGAUAGUAGCAGCUAACAACAUCUUAUACAGAAUAAAUAGGAGCUUUUUUUAAAUGCAAGUCAACUUAAAAGAUUCAAAUUUGGUACAUUAUUUGAUUCCACUGCUGUUUUGGUUUCAAUUCAAAUUUUUUGCAAGGGAAGUCUAUAAGGUGGUUGAGUGAUAUUUUCAAUUGGUGUGUAGACCCUAAGCAUAACAUUUUAAAAAAUUAUUAUCAUGUUUUUUUAUUUAUUUUAUUUCUGACAGCAUUAGAUAAUCAAGCAGAAAGUCUCAUCGUCUUUGAUAAUGUUAUAUUUGCGCGACUUGGGUGAUGUUGACAAAAAUCAUUGUACUGUAAUGAACAAUGAGCCAUGCCUAAAUAUUACCUACACAUGGUGACAAACUGUUUCAGUUUAGUUAAAGAAAAAUAAAUUAUUGCUGUAAAGCAUCCAGAUACUACCGAGCCCCUAAGGUGAUAUUGGAGUAAAAGUAGUUAGUUUAGUUUAGUUUCAUGUGCUCACGUGAAACCUUCAUGUGCUCACGUGAAACCUGCAUGUGCAGAUUUUUUUUUAAAGUUUUGUUUCCCGUGCUCACGUGAAACUAUCGCGCACUCACGUGAAACUUCUGCACAUGAAGGUUUCGCACAUGAAGGUUUCGCUUAAGCACAUGAAAGUUUCACGUGAGUACAUGAAACUUCCACGUGAGCACAUGAAACUAAACUUUAUUUAAUUUUUGCUCCAUGUCCCCUUAGGGGCGCCGUAGGAUACUUUAGGUACCUUAGAUUCUAUUUUAUUUUUGAAGUGUAUAAAGUAUACAGCAUAUAUCUAUAUUUUAGUAUGUCAUUAAAUAUGUGCGUUCAUUUGUAGAGAACGUUUUAAUAUUCUUCUUUCCCAAAUUGUCAAAUCUAUUUUCUUUUUGAAUUAAACUAAAAUUAACUUUCCAGGGCAUGAUUAGCUUAAUUCUCCACACUCUCAGAAAAAGGUACAACAGUUCUCACUGGGACUGUGCCUUUUAAAAGGUCCUAAUAUGUACCAUUACCCUUGAGGAACCAGGUACCAAUAUGCACCUUUUAGGUACAAAAGUCUACAUUUGACCGCUUUUGUACCUUUUUUUGUGAGUGCAAUUACAGGUUGUUGCAUAUCAUGGUGUCCACUGUCAGUUUUUAUUAGCAACAAAUUCUAUGCCUUAAUAUUAUAAGUGUUAGCCUGUAUGUCCACUGUUUUUUACCCAAUUCAAUAACAAACAGAUUAUCAUGGGCAACAUUUCAUAUUCUAAAAUAAAUUCUAGAUAGCUUAAAGGUAUAGCGGAAGAUUUUCCCGAAAUUUUUAAAAGAGCCGCCCCUCCACUUUUAAAAAAAUGCACAUGCACAACGCUCUACCUGUUCCCGAGAGUGCACAAGAGGGAGCAUGCACGAGCCUCUUCGCUCUGUUCACAAGUUGCUGCCGGCAUGGCUCAUACAUUGAGAUGAUUACCGUGUCUGCGUGGAUUCGUGACUUGUGCCAGGGCUAGCAUCGCUAAUCAUAGCUUACUAACUUUUACUAACAGUCAUUUUAAAUGGAUUUCUCCAAAUAGCAUGACAAACUUUAGCUGUCGAGUAGAAACUUCGCGACUGAGGCAUCAGUGGGAAGCCCAACCUGUUCUUUUAGCGCAUGCCAGCAUGUGAAAUAUUCUCCCAAAAACACUCUGGUCUUGUUUCUUUCUUCAGAGGCCUUUCUCUUCUUGUCAUACAAUUCGUAGAAACUUUUUCUCUUGUGAACCCCAGACAUUUUGAAAAAACACGGUGAGAACGCGAGCGUCAAUGAAUGGCUGAAGCCGUAGCCCACCACACAUAUACACCUGAAAGUGCGCAUGCGCAGAAAGCGAACCUAGGGACGAGCACGUACGCCAGCCCUGCGUAAACAUAUCAUCAGAAUGAUUGACAACUGGGAUGACCGAUAGUAUUGAUGAUCCACCCGGAAAAAGAAAAUCUUCCGCUAUACCUUUAAGAUCCAACAAUGUUCAAAGCCCAUCUUUUCCUUACGUUAUAAUCUGAUAGAAAAGCAAUUUCAAUUGGGAUGAAAACAAACUGAUUGGCCUUAUGAUUCCUUGCUGUAAAAUACUGAGCAAAUAGAUCUUCAAUAUUGUUCAGUUCCCAUUUAUUUUCUGUAGCAUCUAUGUACUUUGGAAAACAUGUUUUCUUAUUGCCCAUAGGAAAAUAAAAUCAUUUUACACACAUCAUGUUUUCCUCUGCAGCUACAAUCAAUUUAUUGCAACAAUUUUGGCCUUUGAUAUAAAUCAUUUUAGCUCAACUUGAAGUACAAGGACUACUAGAGCUUUUUUGUGUUAGAUGGGGGAUGAGAUCCUUCUAUUAAUCCUCUGUCAUUAGAAGUGCAAUUGCUAUAUGGACAGACCGAAUGCAUGCGAGUCAGCAGACAGAAUUGACCAGGUAUAACUUGAUUUACCAAUUUACCAGAGAUUUACCAGUGUUAACUAAAAACCCAAAACACCUGAACCAUUUAAAAGGUCCAAAAUACACAUGAUACACAAAACAGAAUGAUAAAUGUCUUGCCAAGUUAUUGAUUUGCACGCUUUUUUAACCCUCUUUGUAAUUACUUACAUUGCUCACCUAAUUAUAAUUAAAAUAAUUAAGUUUCAUGUCUUUUUUUUGCUUUUAUCAAAGAUUUGUGUAUAUGUGCCAAUGUCAGUGUGUGCCUUUAGACUGGUAUGUCUUGUGUUUGAACUAUCAUGAGGUUCAGUUGAUGGUUUUGUAUCCAGUGUUUCAUCAGGUGGUCAUCAGCUUUAGAGCUGUGUGGGUAAUGUGUAUGACUGCAAUGGAAAAAUAAAUGUUUAAUAAGACCUAA